AUGGCUUCCAGUAAUGUGGAAUUUUAUGAAAAACAACAAAUUUUGCAAGAUUCCCAGCACAGGUGUGAACAAGAAAGGAUGGUCCUUGAACAGCAACUGAAUUCCUAUUCCAAGUCAGAUGCUAGAUUCGGCAGACUGAGAGCAGCCAAGUUACAAGCAUACUGGAAGAAACUUUGUGAGGACGAGAAGAGAAGCCGCAGGAGAAAUGAACAGACUUUGAAAGAAUUUGACCGAGUUGAGAAACAUGUGAGGGCACUCCAUACAAAGACAGAAAAUUACGCUGUCAUGAAGAAACAAUAUGAGGAAUACAUCGAAAGGAUGUAUCCCCACUGGAAAGAGAAGGUCCAGCAGUGGCAACAUAAGCAAGAGCAGGCACAAGAACAACAAAAACAAAUGGCAAACCUGAAAGCUCAACAAGCCCCAUCAUUUACAGAGAGAUUCCUGGUUCAGAAAAGCCCACAAGUCCAGUUUGAUGUGACACCAGGCCAGACUGGUGGAUACAGUAGCCAGUCACCAUACCCCCGUACUCACACGCAUAGUGUCGUGGGCACAAAGGACAACACCAUGAAUCAAGUUCAGCAUUUCCCUCAACAGCCAGAGGCAAAGUUUGCCACUCCUGACUCAACGUCACAGAAUGGAUAUGAGAGCCUCAGUCAAGUAACAGAUCUGCCUCUUUCAACGCCUCGGCAAACUGGUUUACAAAAUGGGGACAUUAAAGAUGGUACAAAAGUAGUACAACGGCCAGCUUCCCUGGAACGACAAUCAUCAGGCCAUCGACCAAUACUCAUUCCCACGCUUGGUAAGCUCCACACCACAGGGUCCAGCCAAGGCUCUGAUAUUCUUGACGGGAGACAGACAGGAUCACUAUCAGAGCAAGUGACAGGCGGCACAGAACAUGGAAUCUCCGCAAGAUCUGUGGAAGUGUCAGCAAAGGAAUCUUUACAGUCUGGAUAUUCUGAUGGUGUUGUCUUGACUCAGUCAGAUGGGAUGUUGUCGCCGAGAUCUGAUGAUGGAUUUUCGCCUGAACAGACAGAGAGUUUGGGAGAAGAUGUCCAGUCGGCUUCUCUGAGAUCAACCGGUAGCUCCACUGGCAGACGCUCCUUUGACAGGCAGGAACGGGUCAAUCAGGAAGAGGACGCAAACUUUGAAAGCGAUAUGAGCCUGCCUCUCAGUAUUGGUGUGGAGGUAGAACCACAGUUGAAGGACUCUGGGAAGAGUGACGUGCCUACUCCUCGAAUCAUAAUCCCGGACACACCUAGAGAAGAGACACCUCAGCCCGCUCUUGCUAGACUUGGCCUCAGUCAAGAGGGAUCACUGCCGUCUGCUGAAUCCAGCAUGAGAUCUGAGCUGACACUUCAGGUGUUGUAUAGGCUCCUCAAGUUUAUACAGGAGGAGUUUCCUGAUACAUUCAGCCCAGAGACAUUCUACAGGAGCCACCCUCCCACUCUGGCUGCCAGGAAAGAUAUCAUUUACAAUUCAAACCAAGGCGACAACUUGGACCAUCACGAUCCAGGCGUAGUUAGUAUGGUGAUCUUGGAUGAACUGCCCCUUCUUGCACAAACACUGCCUGGAGAGUGCCUCCUUUCUGAUGAGACCAUCAAAACAACAUCUGCAUUUACUAAAGAAUCAGAAUUACGAGCUCGGUUUUCGGGUGAUGCUGCCAUUCUUUGGGACAGGCUCUUUCAACACAUGACAUUGGCUGUACAGCAUAAUAUCAUGAGCGCAAAGGAAAUAGCGGAGGAAUUCGUGCCCUGUCUUGUGAGUCGGACUGCCCUGUCAUCGGUGAUAGAUAGGGCUUUGGAGCUUGUAGAAAACUUUCUCCAGGCGGCCACAACUGAGCGGCCUGGUUCCAGUUUAAGCCAUGUCUCCACGCCUCCUGCCAGUCCCAUCAGAGUACCACAGACUACCUCCCCAUUACAUAAAGCAUCCUCUCCUCCACCGCUUGCUAGCAUUGAAGAAGACAAUUUCUUUAGCAUCAAACCUCCUCAGGAAGAUCUCACCCAAACUGCUGCCUAUCGUAACCUGUUGACGGGUACGAUGAACAAGACAGCGUCGAUUAACGAUGAUUAUGACAGUGAAGAUGAUAUAGAGAAUCAACUGGCUGUCUCACCACAGCCCAGUUCAGAAAGGCAGAAGCUGGCUGGUGUUGGCAUUGGUGGUGGUUCCGUCAGUGCUGGAAUGGGCAAGCCUCCGUCCAAAGAUGAUGAUGAUUCCGUCGUGAGUUCUCUGUCCGGUGCGGCACCCAUUUACAUUCCUACAGCUAUGGACAAAAGUGGCACAGGGCGGUCGACCGGCAUGACUGGGUCAGUUGGUCUGGGAAGUUCAGGCGGGCAGAAAAAAAUGAGUGCUGCCUUCCGCACUGGUUCAGAUGUCGAUACAGACACUGAGAUAGACCUCCCAUCUAGUACAGCUGGGCCGCCAGGAGCCAAAGGACAAAAGCAGGAUAGUUUGGAUGAUGACUUUGAUUUCUAUGGGUAGACGCAAGGGAAGGAUGUCUUAUCAAAGAAUCACAGGAUUUGGGCAUUGUCUGGUUGUAAACUAAGAAGUUUGCACUGUCAAAUGCCAACUCAUCUCAUUAUCGUUGGGAGUUUGGAAGUAUCAUAAGCCCGGCUGUGAAAGUUUCACUCCUUUAUGUAUUUGUGUGAGUCUGCAGAAACUUCGUCCUUUGUCAAGCUUGUUGGUGACUAUUACUUUUAUGUCAGUAUUUUGAUUUACUUUACAUCUUGCAUUUUUAAUGUUGAACUUGCCAUUAUGAGCCAUUAGAUUUGCUUCAGAUUUUAUCAAAUUUUCUUGAGAAAACAAAGCUUUAUCGAUAUUUAUAUCAAAAUCAGUUUAGGAGAACAGGAUUUAUCUGCUGUAGAAAUUAGCUAGUAAUAUGGAUGACUUUAGCUUGUAGGAUAAUUGUUUUAGUAAUGUGCUUGGUCAGUUAAAAGGGUAAUGAGAAUUACCAGUAUCACUUGUAUCAGAAAGUCUGCUGAUUGAUGACAUAGGAUCUGUGCAUCUGCCUAUCAGCUAAAUUCAACAACUCCUUCUAUGAAAUCAGAAGAAAUUACCGAUUUCAUACCAUUUUCUCUGAUCGCUGUGGUGAUGAAUCAAUAGUGAUAAGGCCUCUGGCUCCCUAACUGAGAAAGCACAGUAGUUAGGUAAAAGAAUGUAGAUUAGAUCGAGUGCACCAGGUGUGCUGUGUUUGUAGAUCCAGUUGUUUCAUUGGCGUGAUACGAGUAUGAUCAAGAGCUUUUGAUACCAGAGCAUGCUGGCAUGCUUUCCUGUUCAAAGUGUCUGUAUGUUCAUUCCACCAAUCAUAUUCAAACCAAUUUUGAAAUUGGCUUUAAAAACAGAAAAUUCACAUGAUAAGCUCCACCCUCAAAACAGUGCUCUAAGAAUAUUUGAUAUCAUUGUGUAUAAGUUGCUGACAAAUAUCAGAUCAGAUCUCAGCAAGGUUGUAUUGCCAAUACUAUUCGGUUUAGCACAAUUUCUCAACCAUUUGUGGUUGUAGCCAAGUGUUGUUUUGAUCCGAAAUUAUCGUUAUUGAAUUCUUGUACGCAUUCCAGUAUAACACACCUUAUUAUAAAGGCCAUGUGAAUUUGAUGGAAGACACUGUUAUGAAAUGGUUGUGAAAUUGCACAAAUAUUUA